UUCACGCUUCGGCCAAAUUGUGACGAUGUGCAGUGUAGUGUUGUAUCUGGAUUCAGUGUCGUUUUUGGUUUGAGUUUCGGCUUAUCGUGAAAAACAGAACAGAUUGAGUGAACCCUGUGCCAGUAGCCUUCGACAGUUCGGAGAGCAACUAUGGUCAGACGGAAGACGGAUUUGUGUUGUUUAUGAAAGUGAUCGUCUGCAACCUGUCUGCUAUUUUGUUAGUCAACAAGUAUCGAUCGUCGUCGCUAGAGAACACACGCCAUCCUAUUUAUUUACUGCAAUCAGAAACCUGCAGAGAGUUCGUCUUGAAAACCGACUUCAAUGAAGAAACAGUGACAUGGGAAUGGAUUACAGUGCCAACUUAUCGUGAUGAAAUGAAGUGUUGUGUUUAGUGAAUUUAUAAGUUAAAGUCAGUGAAAUGUAGGCCUAAAGAAUGGUGCUGCAAUGUCUAGGCAGACGAGGAAGGUACCGCAUUGACCGGUACCUCUCAUUAAGUGCAAGUGAAGUGAGUGCCUUUUAUCUACAAAAAGUGUGAAAAGUGAAAAUCGUGCAUGUGGACAGAAGAGCGGGGCCCACCGCCACUGGGCCCCUGUCUGGUACCUGUGCUCCCACGCCCAGUGGGGUCUAGCAUGGGCCAGCAAUCAUUUUCCACUAUGAACUCUGCCACUUCGGGGAAGUUAUCAACCCGUACUACGGGGUAUCACCAAAAAGCUUUGGCAGAGAUAAGAAAUUCUCUUCUGCCAUUUGCCAACAUUGGUGGGGACAGCAAUGUUGGCUCCAGUGCAGCAAGUACUAUAUCAACUCUGUCAACAACUAGUGGUGUUAGUUCAGCCUCAGGGCUUAGUGGAUUCAGUACGGCUUCUGGAACUGGAUUAGACAAGGAUAUAUCUAACCAGCUACACAACAUGGGAUACUCUGAGCUCAAGCAGGGCGCGCUGGACGCGGUGAAUGGACACGGCUCGGGCCACGGGUCCGGGCACGGCAAGGGGCUCAACGGCCUCAAGCUGAUGCGCAAGCCCAGCCUGGAGCGGGAGGCGGACAGCGGGGCCGGCAGCUCGCGGUCCGACAGCCCCCGCCUCAUGGACCUGAGCAUGGGGGUGCCCGGGCUGGGGCCCAGCCUCGGCCCCAGCCUCGGCCCGCGGCAGUACAGCCCGCCGCCGCCGCCCCCGCCGCGGAGCGGGUCGACGCCCCCGCCACCGCCGCCACCCCAUCACGCCCCCUACCCCAGCAACGUGCAGCAGCUCCUGAAGCGCAUGUCGCCCGCCCCUGUGGUGCCCACGCGGUCGCCCGCCGCGCCCCCGCCACAGGGUGGCUCCGGGCUGCCCACCAUGCCCGUGUUGCCCCCGCCGCCCCAGCGGGGCACGAGCCCCAGCGGAGGCGGCCAGGGCCUGGGCCAGGGCCGGCAGCCCAUGAUCCUGCAGAACGGGCCGCAGGUGCAGCAGCAGCUGUCGCAGCAGAUGCAGGCGCUGUACCAGACGGAGCCGCCGCCGCCGUACCCGCUGGUGCCGCCGUCGCCAGGCCCCACCAUGACCCCCGCGCCGCCCAGCUACUCGGCGUCCAUCCAGAGCCGGCAGAGCCCCACGCAGGACUACCGCAAGAGCCCGUCGUCGGGCAUCUACUCGGGGCCGACCUCCGCGGGCUCGCCCAGCCCCGUGACGGUGACGCCCUGCGGGAUGAACGGCGCCGUCACGCCGCCGUCCGUGGCGCGCCCCACCCCCAUGCUGGCGUGGGGCGCGCGGCAGGCCAAGACGCAGCCGCCCAUCAUCAUGCAGAGCGUCAAGAGUACGCAGGUGCAGAAGCCCAUCCUGCAGACUGCCACGGCGCCCGCCCAACCCCAGACGGCCACCGCCCCCACGCCCGCCUCCAGCCCCGGGGCGCCCGCGCAGCAGCAGCAGCAGCAGCAGUCUUCCUCGGGGCCCCAGCCACCACCACCCUCGUACGCCUCCUCCAUCCAGCACAAGCAGCACUGCACCAAGCCCCCGGCGCCGCCGCCAGUACCCUCCCCCUCGGCGGCCCCGUCUCCUGCCCCAGCGCCCUCGCCCGCCCCGAGCGCCUCGCCCGUGACGGUGCCCACCACCGAGCCUCCCAGCUACGCGUCCACCAUGCAGGUGCUCGCCGUGCAGCGUGGCGUGGCGGUGCGGCCGCCCGCCCUGCCCCCCAGCCCCGGCAUGCAGACCGUGCAGUCCCGCGCCUCGCCCGCCUGCGCCGUCAUGCAGCGCAAGUACUCGGCCGUGGUGCCGGGGGCCUGUCAGGACGGCGACACGACGGACGGCCCCAGGCUGACUAACGGCGACCACGCAUCUGCGCCCUGCCCACCCCUGCCACCCACUGCCUCCUCGUCGGUGGCCAACAAGUGCCACGGCAUGCAGAAUGGGGACCGGAGACCCGCUCCGAACCCUUCCUCAAGUGGAUGUCCACCUGCUCCUCAUCAUAAAGUUAAACACCAAUCCCCCAUUCCGGAAAGAAAGCACUUCAGUAAAGAAAAAGAAGAAGAACGCAGAGAUAGCAGGGUGCGGAACUACUCGCCGCAAGCCUUCAAGUUUUAUAUGGAGCAGCACAUAGAAAAUCUAUUCAAAUCAAGUCAGGCUCGACUCUUCAGAAUAAGGCAACUGGAGAAUGAGAUGAAGAAAGCAGAUCUUAGUCGUGAUGCUCAGUUUCACAUGCGGAAGAUGCUGUCAAAAAGGGAGUCAAAUUACAUUCGAAUGAGAAGAGCAAAAAUGGACAAAUCCAUGUUUACUAAAAUUAAGACCAUAGGGGUAGGGGCAUUUGGAGAAGUCACCCUUGUCAAGAAAGUUGACUCCAAACAUUUGUAUGCUAUGAAGACUUUACGUAAAGCUGAUGUCUUGAAGAGAAAUCAAGUUGCUCAUGUAAAAGCUGAGCGUGAUAUUCUAGCAGAGGCCGACAACGAAUGGGUUGUGAAACUAUAUUACUCUUUUCAGGACAAGGAUAAUCUUUACUUUGUCAUGGAUUAUGUAGCUGGUGGAGAUUUGAUGUCACUCUUGUGUAAAUAUGGAGUGUUCAAAGAAUCACUUGCUCGAUUUUAUAUCGCUGAGCUUACAUGUGCUGUGGAAAGUGUUCAUAAAAUGGGCUUUAUCCAUCGAGAUAUCAAACCAGACAAUAUUUUAAUUGAUUCAAAUGGCCAUUUAAAAUUGACAGAUUUUGGCCUUUGUACUGGUUUUAGAUGGACUCAUAAUUCAAAAUAUUACCAAAUAAAUGGAGACCAUGCCAGACAAGAUUCCAUGGACAUACCAGAUGACUGGAGCUUAGGUAAAGAAUGCAGAUGUAAUCCAAUGAAACCUCUAGAACGAAGAAGAAGGCGUGAGCAUCAACGGUGUCUAGCUCACUCGUUAGUGGGAACUCCAAACUACAUUGCGCCUGAAGUUCUUCAGAGAACAGGUUACACCCAACUGUGUGAUUGGUGGAGCGUAGGAGUAAUUUUAUAUGAGAUGCUAGUCGGUUCACCACCUUUCCUUGCCAAUACCCCCGGUGAAACACAGUACAAGGUGAUCCACUGGGAGACAACCUUACAUAUACCCAAGGCAGCUAACCUUUCUCCAGAUGCCACAGAUUUAAUAUUAAAGCUGUGUAAUAGUCCUGACAGAAGGCUAGGUAAAAAUGCAAAUGAGGUGAAGGAGCAUUCGUUCUUUUCUUCAAUCAACUUUGAUGGGAGCCUAAGAAAGCAGAAGGCUCCGCACCAACCCCGGAUUCAGCAUUCUAUGGACACUUCAAAUUUUGACCCAGUGGCUCCUGAAAGAUUAAGAAACUCAGAUUCAUCUGAUGAUUCUGACGAACAAUUAGAAAGUGAUAAUAAUCCGUUUCAUGGAUUUUUUGAAUUCACGUUCCGGCGGUUUUUUGAUGAAGGGGGCUGGCCACAAAAGUUGGCCUUGGACGAUAACGACAAUCAGAGCCCCGUUUAUGUAUGAUCUAUGACCUAUGACUAUUAAAUUGAGGGAAUGUGAUAUCCCUUUAGAAGUUUUAAAUGAAAAAAAAAAAUUGCUAGAUGUGCCUUUUGUGGUGUGUUAAUUUUAUUUUGUGACUGUUUGGGUACCUCCACAAAGCUUAAUAUUUUUCAAAUGAAUGUUAGGAGUUUCUGAAGGGAUAUGAUGUUUAAUUUAUGGAAUACUCUUGCAAUCAUAUUAAGAUUUGUGGAGGUACCUUAUUGGGCUAUGCAAGUAUGUGUGUGCUGCUGCCUUUUGCUAUAGCUGUUAUUAUUGUAACAGUGAACUGCCUCACUCUCUGUUGCCCCUGGACAUUGUCUGUAGCAUUUUAGCAAAUUUGAAACUGGCACUUCCUUGUUUUCCUUAAUAGUUGUUAUUGUAAUUUAAAGUAGACUAUAUCAAUUUUGUUCUCAAACUCAGUUGCCAGUUUUUUAGUUGUUCUAUGCUGAUUUCUCUUCAAUGUGCCAUUUGUUAUAGUAUUAUUGGAUGCCUUGUGAUGUAACUGUCAUUUUGUAUUUCACAUGUGCUUUUUCUUCAAAAGGGUGGUCAAUCUUCUAUUGUAGUGCCUACCCCGACUUUCCCCCAUGUGUUGUUUGACUUAAAGCUCUUGCUUGGUUUAUCUUUUUUUAUCUCACUACACAGCUCCCUCUAUCUCAUUUUAUUCACUAUAUAUAUCCCUACAUUGUAAGUUGAAGUUUUCUUGUCAUGUAAAGAACUGAAAUAGUGUGCCAAUUGUGGAACAAUAUUUAUAUUUUUAUUGUGCUUUUAAUGUGUGUCAGAAUUGAAAUGCUUGUUUGUU